AGUUAUUAAAAUAUUGAAUAGAUAUUUAAAUAAGACCACCUGUUGAUCGAUUUUAUGAAGGAUAGAAGAUAUUAUCUUUAAAAUAUUUAUGAUAUUUGAAUUUUGUGUGUGAAUAUUUUAUGAAAUUAUCGUCUACUUUACAGUAGAUGUGGUUUUUUUUUUUUUUUACUUUAACGUUAUACUUCUUCCUGUUUUUGAUGGAAUAGUUGAGCAAAUGAUUUAUUUGCUCGAUUAUCCCGCAAAAAUUUGGAAUGUUAUAAUGAUAAAGUGAUGUUUCUUUAUAAGAUUUUCACGAUUUUUAUUGUAUAAAACAUCUCUAGAAGCCCUAGAAUGUUAGUUAGUCGAGCAAAGUUUGCCCAUUUAUUUUUGUUGUCUACAAUGCUGAACACGUUUCGAUAAGGUUGUCUGGCUUGUCUAUUGCCUCAGGAUAUACAAAUAUCAACAGUAACGCAAGUUAAUGCAUCUAUAUAAGUAGCCUGGAUAGUAGCGUGAUGUACUAUAACUGAGAUAAGACAGACACCAAUAUCCUUCUAACAACUCGUCCUCCCAGAAGAAAGCUAAUUUAAUAUAAUGCAUGAUAUUAAAAUCAUCAAAAUUUAUAUGAAAUGAGUGUUUAGAAAAUUAAUUUAAUAACUGAAUUAUUGACAAAAUAAUAAAUCUAUAUUGUUUUUAUUUUAAAAAUUCAUUAAAUAAUCAAUUAAAGUUAAUUAUAUUCUAAAAAUUAGCGCAAUUUUCAAGUAAAAUCGUGGUUAAAAGUAUAAAGUUAAUGAGUACGUAUUAUAUAUAAAAUUCUUCAAAGAAUUUUUUAUUAUAUUCAAAAUUCACUCUUCUGUAAUUAGUAGAGUGUUGAAACACGAUAAAUUCUAACGGAAAGAAGGUCAACACGUGAAUAUUGACCCUUCUCUACUUAGAUAAAGAAACCGCUCUAAUGCGUGUCAAAGUUCAAUGACAAUGUGAUAAUUUGAUAAAAACACUUCAUACACCCUUAACACGAACAUGCAUUUCUUGAAAAUUUUAAAGGAAAUUUGAGGUUAAGGUAAAAAAAGUGCUUUUUCUAUAGUUUCAUACAGAAUUUGUUCUCUGUAAACAUUCUUAUUCAUAAUCAUGCUUUGAGAAGCUGAUGAAUUAUCAAUAAGAUGCACGACAGAAUAUAUAAUGAUACAUUGAUAGGACUAUUUAAAAUAUGGAUAUUGAAAUUUUAAGGAUGAAUAAAUCUAUUAAAUUUGUGAUAAUAUUUGUUUAGUUUAAAAUUUAUGAAGUAGGAUACUAUUAUUUUAUUAAUUUUCAAAAGAAUAUAUUAAUGAUCGUUAUAUAAAUAUUUAAUAAUAUUAUUCUAUAUUUUCUAUCAAUUCGAAUGUAUUAUAUAUAUAUAUUCUUCUUGUAUAAAAAUACUUAAUCGAAUGCCUGUUUUAAUUUCCAUCUUUAUCGAUUUAAUAUUCUAUUACAAAAUUCAAUUCUUUUCACGAGUGACGUUUGUCAUACGUUACACUUAUAAAUUUAUUCGAACGAAUAAAAAUUUAUACAAAGAAUAAAUUUCUUUUCCUCUGGCAAACUAAACUCUCGGUUUGAAGGGCUUGAAAACACACAAAAAAAUCCCUUACUAACCAAUUGCUUGAAGUAACAGCACCGCAAGAACAUCAAGACUUCUCUAUUGCACCUGCACGACCAUUCCUAACCCCCAUAACAAGGGACGAAAAAGUCACAGAGCGUAAUUAUUCAGAUAUUCGUUCUCUUUUUUCUUCCCCGUCUCUCUUCAGACCCUGUUGUUCAACACCCUACAGGUUCGUCAUUUAGUUGGAAACACUAGAAGAAAGCUAUCUUUUCGUCACGUAGGGAGCGUGGUUAUGCAGCUGCUUCAUUCCAUCAAGUACAGCAUGGACGUACCCUUUGCACAUGUUGCUGUGGUGAACAACGCGGAAAGAAAUGUUAAGAAGGUGAAACAGGUGCAUACGACAGCAAUCGAAAAUGGCUGAGAAAUUAAGAAAACCGUUUAGAAAAAGGCAUUCUUCAAUCAGUCAACCAACUAACAGAGUGAAUAAAUAUUUAGCGCAAGCAAUCGAAGCAAGAAGCGUUGAUAGAGAGAAAACGAAUCAUGUCAACAGAGUUACCCUAUGUUUUAGAGAUAAAGAAAGAGAAAAACAAUAUCAUGAAGAGAAAGAUCACGGCUUUGUUAAUAGUAUUGCCUGUACCCUUGGUGUUUUGGUAAUUUUAGGUGUAGUGCAAAUCCUGGUGUUACCAAGGACCAUUUUAUUAAUCGUUUUAUUUGCUGUUGCUUUGAUUUGGAUAUUAGCUCUGUUUAUAUUUGUAUUAGGAGCUCAUUUAAAGUGGAUAAAAUGGGAGAUCAACCGACUGUUUGUGCUACGUCUUAGUAUUAUUAUCAUCACUAUUUUCUCAGUUUAUGCUGUUGUACAAAUUAAUAUGUUUUCUUGUAUCAAUGAAGCAAUCCUGUGUACAAAUUCUACUGAUUUAGUACAAGAGUCAAUUCUAAGUGAAUACAAAAUUUGUCCACUGCCCAAUUAUAUAGUUUUGACCUGCGUGAUAACAUUUUUUCCUUUAGUUGUAUUCCUAAGGAUGCCUAAUUUAGUUAAAGCCACAUUACUCUUGCCAAUGACGGCUAUCUUUCUGUUGAUGAUAGAAAUGACUCAUACAGAACUGUUUCGUUGUUAUGAUCAGAGGAUAGAAUCAAAAACACCUCAUCAUAUUAUAGGUGUAAUUGUUAUUUUGCAUUUUAUGCUUGCGGUUUUAAUUCAUGGAAGACAAGUUGAAUGGACAGCAAGAUUGGAUUUUUUAUGGAAUGUUCAGGCUUUGGAAGAGAAACAUGAAAUGCAUGAAUUACAGAAUAGUAACCGAAGAAUUUUAUUUAAUUUACUUCCAGCUCAUGUUGCUGCACAUUUCCUAGAUCAUCAAUUUCUUAGUAAUAUGGAACUUUAUUAUCAAUCCUAUUCAAAAGUUGGAGUUAUGUUUGCAUCUAUACCAAAUUUUCAUGAAUUUUAUAUGGAAUUAGACGGAAAUAAUCAAGGAGUAGAAUGUCUUCGGCUCCUUAAUGAGAUUAUAGCAGACUUUGACGAGCUUUUAGAUGAUAAAAGAUUUCAUGGAGUUGAUAAAAUAAAGACAGUUGGUAGUACUUAUAUGGCAGCAAUGGGUUUAAUGCCUGAUGUAAGAAUACCGGAUGAUAAUGUGGAACUUGCAGCACAUUAUAUGAGCACUUUAGUGGAAUUAGUUUUGACCAUGAAGGAUCGAUUGGCUGAUAUUAAUGAGAACUCAUACAAUAAUUUCAUGCUGAGAGUUGGGCUUAAUAUUGGUCCAGUUGUUGCUGGUGUCAUUGGAGCGCGCAAACCUCAAUAUGAUAUUUGGGGAAAUACUGUUAAUGUGGCAAGUCGUAUGGAUAGUACAGGAUUACCCAGUCAUAUUCAAGUUACAGAAGAAGUAUAUAUUUUGCUCAAGGAUUAUCCUUAUGUUUUUCACUGUAGAGGUAAAGUAAAAGUGAAGGGGAAAGGUGAAAUGACUACAUAUUUUCUCACAGAUAGAAAAAAUGGUCAGCAAACUGGGCCUUAUAAUGAGAAUCGUAAGUUACCUGAAGUGCCUGGUUCUUCUGCAGGAGGUGUACCAGGUGGUGUGCCAACUCCUCUUAGUUUAAUAGGACCAAAUGCUAGAAGAAAUAGUAGUGGCUCUAGUCCGGCUCACAACAGUAAGCCUGAAGGUACCCAAAGUCCUCCUCAAAAUCACAGUAGUUUAUGGUACAAAUCACCUCAAGAUCAACCAGAAACACUAUUAGAAGAAGACACUGGUUCUCAAAGUUCUAUUGGAGGUCCAUUAUAUACUCAACCAAAGCCUAUUGUAGUAAAUACUCCACCUAAAACUUAUUCUCAAUCUAGGCCUCGAUCAAUGAGACCGGAGGGAAGGGGCCAGUCUAUAUCCUCUAGCAUUUCUUUCGAUGAAGGCACUCCAGUUUCUUCCUCACAACAACCUUCUUUGAAACGAGAGACUCCUUGGGAUAGUCUUCGCAAAAUAACUAGUCUUGUGCCACCACCUGCUACUGAUGAUGAUAAAAGUAUUCCCAAUUCCACACCUCCCAAAAGCUAUGCAAAUUCUAGAUUACAGAGAUUUUCAACUCCUCCUAGGAAAACAUUUUCAUUUCCUCCAGCGCCUCCACCAGAAAGUGAUGAAGAUAUCCGUGUAAAUAAACCAGAAAGAUGUAUUGACACAGAAGGUCCAUCUUCAAUGGAUAGUUCUUCACUUAAUCAUUCUGUAUCCAGUUCAUCUUGUGAUAGCUUUACCCACACAAAUCUCAUUACAGAACAACCAAAUAUUAGAGGUGAAACACCAACAGGUGUAAAGUGGGUUUAUCCUGUUCAUCAAGAUUCUAGUAUCGAUGGUUCAGUCAACGACACUAGAAUUGAUAUUCUAUCAUCAUCAGGAGAAAGUGGUCCUCCCCUAUAUGGUAGAUUAACUGUAGAUAAACAUUGUUUUCCUGAAGUUGGCACUUCUCCAUCUCAUUGUGCAACAUCGAUCCAGUUUCCCCCACCUCCUUCUGAUAAAGAUUUUCGAGCAAAACCCAUUCUCCUGCUUUCUGUUAGACCAUCCGACCCUUCAAAAAAAUUUCCAUCAUAUAGUGGUAGUUCAACUAACAGUAAUUCCUCUACGCCAUGUAGUGGUGCACCCAAGGAACCUUGGAGAAAGGUUGAACAGCAUAUGCAAAAUACAUCUCCUCUUGACACACGUAGUAGUAAUUCUGAUAUUAGAUAUCUGCAGCAGCGUCAAAAUUCAGCUGAAACAACAUCGUCACUUAUGACAACACCUGAAGAUGAUGCCCAGAAUUUGAGUUUGGGUGAAGUAGCAGGACCAUUACCAACAACUAGAUGGAUGCCUUUUAGUGGAAAGAAAUAUAUGUUGGAAGAAACUGCUAAAGGAGAAGAGGAGGAUACUAGAACGGCAUUGCUGUAUGGAGAUUCUUGUUUGAGAGAUAUCUUUUAUUCAGAACCAGCUGAAAAUAAAUGUGGAACUAUACCUAUUCAAGAAGAAAAAACAAAAGGAAUUCCUCUUCAAGAUUUAAAAAAUGCAAAAAAUGUGAUUGAUGAAUUAAAUGAAUCAGAGUUAGGAAAGAAACCUAUAGUUGAAACGGCAAUAAGUGACAGAAUUAACAACAAUCCCAUAGUUCUUAAAUUUUCAGAUCAUGAAACCACCAAAGACCACGAGGGCAAUGUCUGCUAUCGACCCAGUGAUAGUACUCAAAAUGCCUACCAAAGAGUGCCUAACUAUUUACCUACAGAGAGUAGGAAGGGUGCAUUGAAAACGGAGUUUAGUGCAGAUGAUUCUGAAUCAGAUGAUGAUGGAAAUGAAGAAGAAGAAACUUCAGAUGAAAUGCCAUUAAUAGCAGAUCAUCCCUAUUCUGGUAAUGAUCCUGCUCUAGAAAAUGUGUCUCUGAUGAAUGAACAAGGACUGACUGAUGCAGAAGGAGCUCUCAGCGACCUAAACUCCAUGUUCAAUGAUCCAGGACAUGAAGCAGAUAUGGAUGAUACUAGUCUCUCUUCUCGUGCAAGCAGCCAUGUAUUUGACAGUGAUCAACUACUUAGUAUUGAUUCACUAAACAUUGUGUAUGAUUCUGAAUAUGACAAUUAUAAACCAGGCAUGAUUAGUGAUGAUGAUAUUUUUCACCCUGAGCCAAUUAGUGACUUGGAUUAUUAUGAUGGUAGCAAUCUACGAUCAGUUACAGAUAGCAUCACCAAAAAUUUUGGUCAAGGAAGAACUAUCAGUGAAAAUGAUGAUAGUGAGGAAGGUUGAUCGAGGCCUUUUGUGUAAGAAUAUUUAUAUAGGUAUGUAUAUUUAAGUAAAUUUAUAGACAUUGACUCUAUUCAGUGCAUUGAAGUAGUGGUUUGCUUCUAGAAAAUCAUCUCGACUUUAGAAAGCAUUUGUCAUCAAAAAUAUCUAAACCGAGUAGAUCUUCCAUCAUUAUUUGCAUUCAUAGCAAAUAUAUGAUUGUAGACAUAUCAGAAAAGGACAUUCUUUAUUUUAAUGCUUGAUGGAAAAAAAAUGAAAUUCGUAAUGAAUUGCUUAAUUUAAGGCUGAUAUUUAUACAUGACAGCCGUCAUUGCAAGCAGUGCCUCUCCUUUGUUACUGAUUGUUUGAUUCUGUUAGAAAGAAAAUAGCAAAUUGCCUAAGAAAGUGAGGAAGAGAAUGAGAAAUGAUCUAAGAGAAGCAAUUAAUGAUCCUUUUGUUAGUAAAAGGGAAUUUUAAAAAUCUCCCAUUAUAUUAAAAACCAUUAACAGAAUAUAAGUUUUAACCAUAUAAAAGAUAAUCCUUUAGAGUGCCAGUUGACAAAAUAAGUUAUAGAAUAUCAAGUGUUUACGGGUAUCUUGAGAAAAACACAUUCAAAGUUUUUAUUUAUCCAGAUUUACUAUACAAGAUAAAAAAAUGCAGUAUACAAGGCCCCAUUAAUUUUGUUUAAGAUACAAGAGUAAUGAUAGGAAUCAUAUUAAAUACAAGUAAUUAAUUAUAAAUACAAAUAUAUAAGAAUGAUUCUAAUGCAAAGUGUAAUAAUGGGAUGAAGUAUUACAAAGAAUGUAUUGAUUCUGAUAUAUGGAUAAUCAGGAUUAAAAAUAAAACAAAGAAAUUCUUCUAGGUAAUCUUUUAUUAUAAUUAAGAAUUAAUAAUUGUAUUUCCAUAUAAGACAUAAUUUGCAAUGUGGUAAUUUUGGCCUUAACUACAUUAUAUAUAUUUUCAGAAUUUUUAUUCUUCCAUGUGUUUUCUGUGUCACAUUCUUAAGUGAAUUUUUCACUUAUAAUCCAAUGCAUUUAAAAGGUCAUUUAUUGUUAAGAAAAAUCCAUUUAUAUAUAUAUAUAUAUAUACUUUUCUUGUUGCUUGAAUUUUCUGAUGUUUUAAUUGUAAGAAAGCAACCUAUAUAGAUUUUUAAAUAUCUUUAAAAAAUUUUAAUAGAGGUUCUCCGAAUUCAAUUAGUAAAAGACAGUAAUAUAAUUUAGAACCAUAAUUUUUUGAUGUUGCAAAAAAUAAAUAAUCAAAUAAAAUAUCUAAAAA